UGUCUCUGGUCUCUACUGGUUCCUGUGGGAGUGUCUCUGGUCUCUACUGGUUCCUGUGGGAGUGUCUCUGGUCUCUACUGGUUCCUGUGGGAGUGUCUCUGGUCUCUACUGGUUCCUGUGUGCUGUACUUGCUUCCUGUUGUGUGAGAGUCGUUGCCGGUUUCUGUCUGUGUGGUUCCAGGAUCCGGUGCCGAUGCUCUUUUCUCCCGAUGGCCUUUGUGGAGAAGCAGGAACAGCAGCAGCGCUGCAGGGAGAGGUUUUCUCUGCUGAUGCUUGACCUCGAAGAGUAUUACUUUGACCAUCACACAUUUUAUUAUGUACUCACCAACAACAAAGGAGAAAGAAGAGCAAUUAAAGGUUCCCUGAAGAUAUGUUCAAAAUCACUGAUCUUUGAACCGGAUCAAAUAUCAGAACCUGUUUUAAAGUUCCUUUUCAGAGAGUGCAGCAGAAUUGAAGAGAUAGAAGAUAAGAAAAGUAAUAAUCCUUUUGAAGAAAAUCGAAUUUGUGGAUUUUGCAUCACGUGCUGUCAGAUUUGUUUAAUCAAAGAAGAAAGACUAGUGGCUCCAUAUAAAAUUGAAAGAGGCCCAAAGGACUAUGUUUUCAAGAUAGAGGACAUUACAAAAGCAGAAGAUGUUGUGCAAAGUUUACUCCAGCUACACAGAGCUUCUCAGUUGGACAAAAUGGCAGACCAGAUUGCCAUGAUCACAGCUAUUUUGCAAUCUCGUUUGGCUCGGACCUCAUUUGAUAAAAACAGAUUUCAGAGUGUUACUGAAAGGCCCCACAUGGAGUGUGAGGCUGAAAUGGUAACUCCUUUGGUAUCUAAUCCUGGACAUGUUUGCAUCACAAACCAAAACUUGUAUUUCCAGCCUCUGAAUGGCUAUCCUGAGACAGUUGUACAAGUAAAGUUGCACGAGAUAAGACGUAUUUACAAAAGGCGGCAUGGAUUAAAACCUUUGGGCCUUGAGGUUUUUUGCACAGAAGAUGAUCUUUGUUCUGAUAUCUACUUGAAAUUUUAUAACUCCAAAGAUCGUGAUGAACUCUACUACUAUAUUGCAACCUUUUUAGAAAAUCACAUUACUGAGCACACAGCUGAAAGCUAUAUGCUACAAUGGCAAAGAGGGUAUCUCUCAAAUUAUCAGUAUCUUCUGCACCUCAACAACCUGGCUGACCGCAGCUGUAAUGAUCUGUCCCAGUACCCCAUCUUUCCUUGGAUCAUAGCUGAUUAUACUUCCUCAGAACUAGACCUGUCAAAUCCUGAAAUAUUUCGAGACCUUAGGAAGCCAGUUGGUGCCUUAAAUCAAGAGCGGCUGGAUCGAUUGUUGGCUCGCUAUCGAGAAAUGCCUGACCCAAAAUUCAUGUAUGGAAGUCAUUAUUCUUCCCCAGGUUAUGUCCUCUUCUACCUUGUGAGAGUUGCCCCUGAAUAUAUGUUGUGUUUACAAAAUGGAAAAUUUGACAAUGCAGAUAGAAUGUUCAACAGUUUUGCAGAGACCUGGAGAAAUUGUUUAGAAGGUGCAACAGAUUUCAAAGAGUUGAUCCCAGAGUUUUAUGGCACAAAUUCCAGCUUCAUUGUGAACAGUUUGAAGUUGGACCUUGGGAAGAGGCAGGGAGGCAAGAUGGUAGACUCUGUGGAACUUCCACCAUGGGCUUCAGGCCCUGAUGAUUUCCUCCAGAAGAACAGAGAUGCUUUAGAGAGCCAGUAUGUUUCGGAACAUCUGCAUGAGUGGAUCGAUCUAGUAUUUGGUUACAAGCAAAAAGGGAGUGAAGCUAUUGCAGCCUACAAUGUGUUUCAUCCUUUGACUUAUGAAGGAGGAGUUGAUUGGGGCAGCAUUGAGGAUCCAAAUCAGAAGAUAGCAAUGCUAACCCAGAUCCUGGAAUUUGGACAGACACCAAAACAGUUGUUCACUAGCCCACAUCCUCAAAGGAUAAUGCCAAAGUUUCAGAGCCUUUCCAGAGGAUGCAGCCGAAGUACUUCCAUCACAGAGUUGCCUCCAGUUUCUUCCUGUGAAGAUUCCUCAUUUGAAGAUUUGACAGAAGAAAGCAUUAAGCUAGCAUGGAGCAAUAUCAACAAACUGAGUAUAGUUCACCAGCAAAAGAUUCACAAGGAGGCAGUGACUGGGAUUGCUGUAGCGAGCAAUGGAACUUCAGUCUUUACAACUUCUCAAGAUUCAACACUAAAAAUGUUUUCCAAGGAAAAAAAAUUGUUACAACGGAGCAUGUCCUUUUCAAAUAUGGCCCUGUCAUCUUGUUUGUUACUGGAGGAUACGACUGUUCUGUGUUCAUCGUGGGAUAAUAAUGUAUAUUUUUACUCAGUAGCUUAUGGACGAAGACAAGAUACACUCAUGGGUCACGAUGAUGCUGUUAGCAAGAUCUGUUGGUACAAAGACCACUUAUAUACUUCUUCUUGGGAUUCUACAGUCAAGGUCUGGAGAUGUGCCUCUGCUGAUCUCUCUAGCUCGAGAAAGAAUAGUUGUGAACUAAAGGCUGAGUUGGAACAUGAUGCAGGUGUAAAUACAAUCAGCCUGAAUCCUAUAGGCACAAUGCUUGUUUCAGGAAACAAGGAAGGGACUGUUAGUAUUUGGGACCUCACCACCUUAACUGUUUUACAUCAAAUCCAUUGUCAUUUGGGUGCCAUCAAUGAUGUUGCAUUCAGCCCUGAUAGUCAUCAUGUUCUCAGUGCAGGAGAAGACUGUUGUCUGAAAGUUAUCGAUGUACAGACAGGGAUGUUGAUCUCCUCUUUGCCUACAGAUCAGCAACAAAGGUGUUUUUGCUGGGAUGGAAACACUGUUCUUUCAGGCAGCCAGUCUGGUGAACUUUUAGUAUGGGAUCUGAUGGCUGCAAAAAUUACUGAAAGGAUUCUUGCACAUUCAGGUGCUGUGACGUGUAUUUGGAUGAAUGAGCAAUGCAGCAACAUCAUAACAGGGGGAGAAGAUAAACAGAUUAUUUUCUGGAAGCUGCAGUACUAAGUGCCUUUCUUUGAAAUCCCUCAAGACUUUAGCUUCUAGCACUUUAAAAAAAACAUGAAACAAGAACUCUUCUAAAGCUGCAUUGUCCACAUUCUGUAAGCAGUAAUUAAGACAGCAAGAUUAAUCUCUAAUACAAAAGCAAAAUCUGCAGAUGUUGGAAAUCUAAAAUAAAAAUGCUGGAAAUACUCAGCAGAUCAGGCAGCAUCCAUGGAGAGAAACAAAGUCAAUGUUUCAGGUCAAGUUGAUCAUCUCAACCUGAGACGUUGACUUUGUUUCUCUUCACAAUGCUGCCUAACUUGCUGAGUAUUUCUAGCACUUUUUUGCUUUUUAAGAGGACUCCUUAUAGGAACACUUACCUUCAUUCAAUAAACUUCCCAAAACAGCAACAGCACGGAAUCAUUAAACUUGUGUGUUGAUAGUUUGCAGGAUCUUGCAUUGGGCCUUCAGCACCCUGUGUCAUGGUGCAGUGUAAAAACAAAAGUACUUUUGAGUGUUUCAGAUUGGAAAAUGAUAUUAAAUUAUGGGGAAUUAGAAAAAUUUUACUUGGGUUUAACUAAAUUUUAUACUGUUAGAUAUUUAUUGUUUUAGUUGCUGUAUGGUCAAGUGUUCUACAUCAAGUGCAUGAUACAGUAAUAUGCAUUUAUCUUAAAUUUGUGAAGUUCAUCUAGUAUUAAGAAUAUGUGAACCUAGUCAACUGGGUUGUGUCAAGAUUAGUCAUGAAGUAGCAGAAUUCUGAACCUGAGCUGAGCUAAGGUUUUACUUUUGUUAGUAACUCAUUUUCAUUUCAGUGGACUGGAGUCCAUGCCAGACCAAAUUGUGUCUGUCAUAACAGAUGUAUCUACAGAAUACAAGUGCUUUUAUCUUGAGAUAAAUUGUGAAAUUUAAAAAAAUAUUCUGACACAGUUAAUGUGAAUAUUAUUGGGUGCCCCCAAUAGUAUUUUUUUUAUAAUGAUUGUGCCUUGAUGCCCUUUAGUGGCUAGGAAAUUUCUUGAUGUAUGCAUCUUGUGAUUGUUACUGAAGAAAAAUUAAAGGUAAUAUAAAGUAUUUAAAGUGUAGAAGAUAAAAACUUUGCUGGUGACUAUGUCCUCUGGGUAAAUGAUUUUGUGGAGGGAUGUUGUUGUUACUGAUGUGGCUAAGUAAACUACCAUUCCAGGGAGUAUUUCAUCGCACAAUAAAAUUUUCUGUAUGUGGCAUCAAAAGUAUUCGUCAACUAAAACUAUGUUAGCUAAUCUUUACGUUCAUUCUACAGAUUAUAAUAAUUGUGGGAUGUUUGGGUAUAGUUGGAUUUUUAAAAAUCUACAAAUUGGUUAUAUUUUCAAGAUGGCUGCAUAUUUACAUUUUUAUCUUUAGAUUCUGUUCUGCACAACAACAUUGCAAGGCAUGAACUGUCAGUAAAACUGGAUAUCUAAUGACAAGCCUUAGAAAGUCUCCGUUUCCAAUAGAUUAUUUUAGUACCAAUUUGUGAAAUCCAUAUUUGUUAGAUUUAUUCAUGUAAUAAGAACCCCUCCCACCAUCGGUUUAGGUAACCCUUGUCUCCUAAUUGUCUAAUUCCUUGUGAAAUGUUUGUUAAAUCUCUGCACCAACUGGUAUAAAUUACCAUAAGAUUUCUCCUUAGGGAAAAGACACAUUGGUCAUUGCAAGGAUAAUUUAAUUAGUUUAUUUGUGGUAUCUCCAUCUCCAGAGCUACGUCAGUUGUAAGCAUUGUCUCUUCUACACGCUGUAAACACUGCUAGUGUAUUUCCUGGUCAAGAUGAGAUUAUGUAUUAAAACCAACUUUUAUCUUACUAUGGUAGUUAAUUAAAGAGCACAACAUUUGUGUUUAGUAUUUCAAUUUACAGUUACAAAGGUCACCCACAAGGAAGAGUGAAAUGAGUAUGGAAAUUGAACAUUUAUCUUGUACAAAUGUUUUUUUCAACUGGAAAUAAAAGAUUUGUCAGUUUA